GCGUAGCAGACGCGAAUGUCAAAAAGCUGCAAUGAGCGGCGCGUCUUCGCCAAACGCGUCCGAGCUUCGCGUCCGCCCGCCAGACUCGCGUUCCUCGCUCGCUCUUGUCAAGGCUUCGCUCCCGAGGCCCGUCGGCUGGGUGCACCGGACCGGACCGGAGAGGACCGGAGAGGACAGUCGGUGGGUGGGGGGGAGGAGGAGGAGGAGGAGGAGGAGGAGGAGGAAGGAGGAAGGAGGAAGGUGGAAGGAGGAAGGAGGAAGGAGGAAGGAGGAAGGCUCGCUGCUGUUUUGGACACGCUGGACGCGGAGCAGGAGCCACGCAGAAGCAACAAGGCCACGCCGCAGCAAGCGGACGCCGCCGCCGCCGCCGCCGCCGUCUUCCUGCUUUGCGGCUUCGACGCCAUGGAACCGGCCUUCGGCGAGGUCAACCAGCUGGGCGGCGUGUUCGUCAACGGCCGGCCGCUGCCCAACGCCAUCCGGCUGCGCAUCGUGGAGCUGGCGCAGCUCGGCAUCCGGCCGUGCGACAUCAGUCGCCAGCUGCGGGUCUCGCACGGCUGCGUCAGCAAGAUCCUGGCGCGCUACCACGAGACCGGCUCCAUCCUGCCCGGCGCCAUCGGCGGCAGCAAGCCGCGCGUCACCACGCCCGCCGUGGUCAAGCACAUACGGACGUACAAGCAGCGCGACCCGGGCAUCUUCGCCUGGGAGAUCCGCGACCGGCUGCUGGCCGACGGCGUGUGCGACAAGUUCAACCUGCCCUCCGUCAGCUCCAUCUCGCGCAUCCUGCGCAACAAGAUCGGCAACCUGGCGCCGCAGGGCCCGUACGAGUCCGGCAAGCAGCCGCCGCCGCCGCACCCUCCGCCGCCGCACCCGCCGCAUCAGAGCGCGCACCAGCACGCGCCGCAGCCCUACAACCACUUGUACUCCUACCCGGCCUCCAAAGUGCCCACGCCGCCGGGCGUGCCCGCGCUGCCGGGUCACAUGGCCAUGCACCGGAUAUGGCCCUCGUCGCACUCCGUCACAGACAUUCUGGGGAUCCGCUCCAUUACCGAGCAGCAAAACGCCGAGUGGCUGGCCCACAGCGAGCAGCUGUGUCACGGCAGCCAGCAUCCCGGCCUCCCGGCGGCCCACCACCCGAGCGUCAGCCUCCACGGGGUCCAGCGGCACCACGUCGGCCUCUGUGACCGCACGCACAUGGCCGCCGCCGCCGCCGCCGCCGCUGCCGCCGCCGCCGCCGCCGCCGGCCAGUGGCAGCUGUGACGGCGGCCGCCGGACCUCCCCGGGCCGCGACGUCACCCGCCCGGCGGUCGCGGCUUCCGCCUGGUCUCCCCGAUGACUUUUUGGUCCCCCUAAAUGAAGGACUACAGGAUUUUAUUUUCAUUUUUUUUGGGCUGUUCCUCGACGUAAUUGUCGACGUGGCCGCGAACGCACCACGGAAUACUCGGCCACAGGUGGACCAAAAGCCGUCAUUCCACGCGCAUGCGCUGAACUUCACCAAUCGGCACUCCGGACAGAAGAGGGGGGAAAGAUGUUGCAUUCAGGGUGCUUCUUAAUAAUUGUAUUUUUAUUUUUUUAAAUUUUUUUUUUUUUUACUUUUGUAUGAGUUUCCUGUAUUACAGCAGCGAUUCCCAACCUUUGAGCCAAGGCACACAUUCUACUUCGGGGGGAACCAGGGGGGGUUUCAAGACCUUCCUCCCCUCAUGACAAUGAAUAAGAUCUAACUUUUUACUAAAUACAUAUAACUACCAACAUUGCAAGCAAGCCUCACAUAUGUUGUAAACUAUGAAAAAUAAACCUGAAAUGUCCAACAUCUUCCAAAGUAUAUAUAAAUAUAAAUAUAAAUAUAUAAAAGUAAGGACGGGCAAGUACCACUCCCAGCCGUAUUUCAAGGUAACGGGUACUCACUACGGCUGCAGAUACCCGCCACUGAUAGUUAGGGCAAAAAAAUAAAUAAAAUCUGACAUUAAGUCCUCCUGGCCGGUAGUUGGCGCUACACCACAUCAGCGAAUCUUCACAAUUCACCGUCAUCGUGUUCACUGAAAUUUGAUGUACAAAAAGUACGAGUGGCAUCUGUACUCGCUAUCAGCGAGUACUCAAGAGUGAAUACUCGUACCGGUAUCGGUCUGAAAAAAGUGGUAUCGAACACCUCAAGAAUCGCUGACACCUCAGUCCGGCGUCCAUCAUCCCGUAGCUCGUCGGGUGGCCUCAUGAGGGUAAUCGGGGGGUUUCCGCUCGUGUCUCUGAUACGGACCGACGUCAGCCGUCUGUCGCAGCGCCCGCUGGCCGGGGCCCUAUGCGGGGGAUUCCCGACAGUCGUCGCGGUGUCGAAAGCGGUGGCUUUGUUCUGUCAUUGAUAAGAGCCACCGGCAGUCGUCCGUCACCCCCACAAUCGCCCGAGUUUCACGUCGUAUUGCGUCACAAAAAUUAGAUGCGCAAGUUAAUUACAGUAUGAACCUUCUGCCAUCUAGUGGAUGAGCACUUCAUUGUUCUUCCCAUCGCUAAACUGGACGUCACUGGCAUAAAUUGCCGGCGUCGUUCAACAAUUUGUGGGCCAACUGAGGGAAUUUGGAGUAUUUCCCCCUGCGCACUGGUUGGGAAUCACUGCAUUACAGAGCAUCGUUUUCCUCACCGCCUACCCCCCCCCCCCCCCAUCAUGUUUAUUAUUAUUAUUUAUUAGAUUAAAAGGUACGUUGAAUGAAGUGCAAUUAACCGCCGUAAAGACUUACAAUUGGCGUAUGUACUUACAGUAAUGUCGUUGCCGGACUUGUCGGCAGUGACGACUGACACGUGAUGUUGCACAAUGAAAUUGAAUGUAUCUUAUUAAAUUGCUUGGAUGUUUUGCAACUUUGGUAUUUGGCGCUUUAUUGUGAAGGGAAACGGCGACGUCAGAGCGACAUCAGUUUUUUUUAACGGCACAGAAAUUCUUUUAAAGUUGCCUGCAGUUUAAACGUCGACAAUUGUUUCAUUUUGAAGGGGAGAAGCUACAAAAGAGCUUUUGAAAAUGAUCAGACUAAUUCUGCAGUGGUUUCUCAAUUUGUUUUUUGUUUUUACAUUUUAUUUCGAAGGGGAGUAGCUGGAAACAUGCUGGGGCUAAGACUUCUUGAUUAUUUUAUUUUGAAAGACUGACGGCGCAGUCAUUCCUCAAUUUUCGGAAAUCUUAUUUUGAAGAGGAGAAAAUACAAAUGCUACAGGGAUUCCACAAAGAGAUGCAAAUUGCUGCCUGUUUUCUCAUCUUUUUUGUAAUUUUAUUUUGAAGGAGGGAAGAUAGAAACAUGCUUGU